AUGGUAACCAGGGCCAACUUCAUGAUCCUUUCAAAGGUGACAAUGCUUAGCUCGGCGGGACUGAGCCUCCUGGUGCUGCUUUCAGCGGCGGGAGCAGCCAGAGUGGAGAGAGUGGAGCAUGACUACUACAAAUAUCAUCCCAUGGCGGAGAUCGCCGACUGGAUGACUCGGGUGGCGAAGGAGAACCCCGAUGUCGUGACCACAAUGGCGUACGGACGGACGUACGAGAAGAGGAGCAUCAGCCUGCUCAAGAUCGGCCUCAACACCGGGCAGCGUAAGAAAGCUAUCUGGAUGGACUGUGGCAUACACGCCAGGGAAUGGAUCGCCCCGGCCUUCUGUCAGUACUUUGUCUGGCAGAUCCUGCAAGCGCACAAAACCGAACCCAAAAUGCAGGAGAUGCUGAAGAACAUGGACUUCUACGUCACCCCCGUGCUCAACAUAGACGGCUACAUCUACUCCUGGAAGGACAACACAACUCGCCUGUGGAGGAAGAACAGGUCACCGGGACCUUCGGACUGCAACUGCACCGGCGUCGAUCUCAACCGCAACUUUGACGCCAACUGGGCCACGGUCGGGGUGUCGUUUGACUCCUGCUCCAACAUCUACUGCGGGAGCCAACCCGCGUCCGAGCCCGAGGCCCAGGCCGUCACCUAUUUCGUGGGAACCCGGAAGGAAGACUUCCUGUGUUUCCUCACCAUCCACUCCUACAGCCAGCUGCUGCUGAUUCCCUAUGGAAAUCCCAACUUCACCGCCCCCAACUCCAACGAGCUGAUGGAGGUGGGUUUGGGUGCCGCAGACGCCAUCAGGAGGGUCCAUGGGAUGAACUACACCGUGGGAACCUCCCCGGAAGUGUUGUACCCCAACUCCGGUUCCUCCAGAGACUGGGCUCGGGCACAGGGGAUCCCCCUCACCUACACCUUUGAGCUGAGGGACAAAGGAAAGUUUGGCUUCGAGCUCCCCGUGGAUCAGAUCCAGCCAGCGUGCGAGGAGGCCUACAGCGGGGCCCUGCACAUCGUCACCUACGCCCACGACAAGAGCUUUAGCGGUGCCGUGGCAACCGCUGCCGCGACCCUGUGGACCAUGCUGUUGGCAGCCGGGGUCACCGGCAUCACUCUGAUGUGA